AUUUCACAGAGCGGCUAGUAGGUGGCGCUUUGAGAUUAAGACGCAACACCUUUACAGUCUAUGCGCAACACAACAGAUGCGACGGUAGGAACCGUGUUAGUUUAUACAUGUAAAGCUUCUUCUCCUUUGGAAGUGCAAAUACACUGAAGUAACCCAAAAUACCUCUGCUCGUGCAAUUCGUGUAGAAUGCUACAGUACCCAUGUGGACAUGCAGCGGUACAAGUGGCCAGAUUAUGAGAUGAAGCUUCGAGAGGAGCUGCAGAAACAGCAACACAAUGCCCGAUUCUGUGAUACCUUGCUGCAAACUGAGGGUAUCUCAGUCCCAACCCACAGUUGCAUCCUUGCAGCGCUGAGUCCUUACCUGUCUGAGAAGCUGUCAGCCUCCAUGUCUCCUCCAAGGGGCCAGAAGCGGCAGCUCCGGCUCCAGGCCCUGAAGGGCCAGACGCUGCUGAAGCUGGUUAGCCUUCUGUACUCAGGGGAGCUGGAGGUUAAAGGAGGUGUAGAGCAGGAGGACGUGCUGUCUGUAGCCCGAAAGUUUGGGAUCACAGACCUUGUUCAAGGACUGGAACAUUUGGAGGAAAAACAGAGGAAUGAAAGCAGAACAAUGCAGGAUGCACAAGUUCAGAAUGAGAUGGCUGAGAGGAGAGACCAAGAAUCUCCAUCCAGAAUGGGAAAAUGUGUAUCCAUAGGCACGCAAACUGCUGAAAAUAUAGUGGGAGGUUAUUUUACGCAGUCAACCCAAACUGAACAUCCAACCCCAGGGCCUUUAUCCUCUCGAGUUCAAAGUAUGGAUUUCUCACUCCAAUCUCAAAACAUCACACUUGAUAAACAUUUUCGUUCUACUUCCUGCCCACAUAUUCCCACUAUGCACAAUCAAACACAGAGCAAUGGAGAGUCUACGUUAGACUGCCCCUCUGACAGUGAAGAAAAUCCCACGCCGGCUUUGUCCAGCAACGUUGUGACCUUUCCUAUUUCACUUAAUGUUGACUCAAUCUCCCUAACACCUCAGGAAGUGGCCGCCCACCAGCAGUCAUCUAAAUGUGAGAACACCCUACAAGUGCUGGCUAAGGAAGGGACUAAGAAAGGAUCGGAAGAUGGAAAAACAAAUGGCAAAAGAGCUGACAAUAAAGAAAAUGCGGAGCAGCCGAGCCACAGAGAUGAGAUGAUAAGACAGGGUAAAGGAAAGUCUACACUGAAGAGACUUGCACAUGUAGCCAGUAAGAGCAUGUCUAAGAUGAAGCAGGUGUACCACAUGAUGGAGACCACACAGAUUUCUAUUAAGGUGAAGCUGAAGAGGAAUAUGGAGACAGGAGAGGCGUGGGAAGUUGUGAGCAGGAAAGAAACAGAGGAGACGCUGACACUUCCUUUCACCCUGACACAGGAUGGUUCCAACAACAAAAGGCCACAGAAAAACCUUACAGACGGUAAGCCUCCUCCCUCUUCUGUCCAGCCCGAGACCCCGAUUCUUCAACCUAUUGCUGCUACCCCUGAACCACAUCCUCCCCCCAACCCCACCUCUGACUCCCAGCUUCUCUCCACUGAAUGCUUUGCCCCAAUCCAAAACCAAAAUGUCCUCGAGUCAGCCCCCCUCCCCAAGCUUCCUGGCUCAACUGAAGAGUGUGAUGAGCAGAUUGACAAGCUGCUGGAGGACAUCUUGAUGGGCCUGUACAUCCAGCCAGACGUGGAGAGAGACUGCAAGAAGUCCAAUUAUAAUGAACCAACCGCCAUUUGCCAUGCCCAAGCUUCAGAAAAUGAGCAGCCACAGAGUCUGAUGCAUUCUGCUGCUAGUGCUACCGGGUGCGUGUAUUACCAGGAUUUUGGGACACAAAUUGGUCACUCAUCAUCAGCUACAGGUAUCUAUUGUUUAACAGCACAGAACCAGCCCAACAGCUCAAGCCUUUCAUCUGUACAGCCCUCUUCUUUGCUUAUCCAGCAGCAGCAGCGCUUUCCUCAGUAUCCUCCACCCUUCACAGCCAUGGUGCGAAAAGAUGGAUCGUCAAUGCCCAAAACUCAAAAUUGUCCAUAUCCUGAAGCACCCACAACACGAUCAGUCAUACCCACAGCUCUAUACUCCAGUGGACAGAAAACUGUUACUGCCCUUACCUAUUACCCGGUAUGCCAGGAACCGUCUGCACAAGGCAAUCCGAACAUCCUUGAGUUUUUACCCCUGACAAAUGGAAAUGAGGCGCUCUCCUCGCAUCCUUUACCUUCCAUGGAUGAUUUGCAGCUUCCUCCAUGUCUCUCUCCGUUAGAUCUCCCUACCAUCAACAACUCAACGCACCAAAGCAGUCAAAGCCAGCCACAUACAACGUUAGACAGGCGACCUUGGCUCACAGGUAACCCCGGACCACUACAAUAUCCUCUUAGUGGCAUCACUCACAAACCAAAUAAAAGUGCAUCUGUACCACAGUAUACAAACGGCAGCGGUUGGUCAAGGCAAUGGCAUCUGGGGAUAAAUCCUCAAAGUUGGGGAACAUGGGCCACAUCUUGUACUGUGAAUGAGGUGGAGGACAGAGGAGCAAUAUCUGCUGGCCCUGGAAAUGUGGCGAAACCGAAAUCUGAUCCCAGGAUAAUGAAGGAAAGUUUAAAGAAGGUUGAAAAUAUUGGAGCAAUAUCUGCUGGUCCUGCACAUGUGGCAGAAGACAAAUCUGAUCCCAGGAAAAAGAGGAAGAGGGUUAAAGAGGUUGAAGACAUUGGAGCAAUAUCUGCUGGUCUUCCAAAUGUGGCAGAACAAGAAUCUUCUUCCAGGAAGAAAACGGGAGGUUUGAAAUGCAAACAAGUACAAGAUGUCACGAUAGACGAUGCUGAAGUGCCUAAAAGGAGGGAGAGAAAGCGCAAAAGUCGUCAACAAGAAGCCAGUUCUCUUUUGUCAUUGGAAUGCGUGAAAGUCAAUAAUGGAACCAAAGAGCAGACAAACCUGAGCAUUGGUUCGUUGAGCAACAAUGUGCUGACGAAGGCAAGAGAAAUGGCCGAUCAUUCUUACAAAGAUUUAGAGAAACCAGAUGAACCGUCAACCAUUAAAGAAGAUCUGAGAGAGGGAACCAGAGGGUCCAGGGAUCUCAAAACUGAACAACGGACAAGGAUCACGACCAGGGGCUUUUUAAAAAAAACUCAAGAGACGCCAAGUGAAUCAAGCAUAGAAGAUUCAGCUUUAAAACCGAAGGCCUGUAUAGCUCAGAUUGUGAAUAAAGAAGGAGAACCUGUGAAGCGGGGACGCGGAAGGCCAAAGAAAAAAAAAGUUGUAAUGAGUCAACCGCAGAGCUCUCCUACCGCUGUUGAAAAAAUCAGCCAGGAUCUCAACGGAGAACCGCAAGUUGACAUUAAUUUUGCGGAGGAGGUGAAAGAUAAAACAAAGCCAAGGUCUAGAAAACGGAAGAGGAAUAUAAUUAAAGUGGCUGCAAUACCACUGAAGAAGACCAGAAGUGACGAGAACACCGUCAAGGACGUAGUAGACGAUAACGAUGUUGUUAUCCCAGCAGGAAGAAAACGUGAGACAACCCAAAAGCCACAGAUGGUCAAUUUGAAGGAGUUUCAAAAGCUUAUCAAACAACGACACUCAAAAGCAAGCAGGUCAAAAGAAAGCCAGGAAAAUGAAACAAACAGAACCUCAAGAGAUGUUGAAAGUGAAGGGAAGGAAUGCAGGAGCAGAACUGAAAAAUUGACUAAAAUGUACAAUGCUCAGUCUCAGAACAAGGAUGGGAUUGAGGAGUCUCACGUCUUCAAUGUCCCAGUUGAUGAAAAUCACAAUCAAAUCUUCCACAAGUCAACAGAAGAGUGUGGCCAAUCACAGCGAGAUGACGCAAACGGGACCGGGUUGUUUGGGGAUGAGCCCCCUCCCGUGUUUUCCUUUGAGUUCUUAGGAGAAGACCAGGCCAAGGUACCAGCUGAGAGGGAGCAUCCACUAAAGAAUCCGAAUGAAGCUCUAAAAGCCCAUGAUGCAGGAGUGUCAGAUACACAUCAGACUUCGUUCAACAAUGAAGACUUGUCGCACAGUGACACCCAUCUGCCUCAACAAAACAAAACUCCUUUAAACCCACAGACCCCCAAGAGAACUGCCCCCCUUCUUUCAGACACUGUCGGGUUCUGCAACACCUCAGUCUGCGAUCAAGAAGAAAAUGAAGAAGUGGAGGUGGAGGAGGAAGUGGAGGUGGACAUCCUUCAUUACUCCCCAGACAAAGUGCCUCCGAGCAGAGAGUGUUUGAACGGACUUGACAACAUUGAAAUAACUCCAGAGGAAGAAGAAGAAGAGGAAGAUGUGAACGAUGUUGAUGUAACUGGAGAUGAGGCAGAGUGACAUUUUGUAUUUGAGCAUAGUUUUUUGGCUAUGUUGUGACAGGUUCAGCACUUGUGGGCAAAGCCCUUUGUUUGUGUAUGUUCACAGAGAUGCCAGACUUCAGUGAAUUUUGCUGUGAAGUAUUAUAUAACAGAUUUGUAUAGUCCUUUUUUACGUUUUACCAGUCAGUUGGUGGUAUACAUAGGAGAAACACUUCUGGUUUUGACCUUUUGUUCAAUAUACAAGGUUAAAAUAUGUUUAUAUUGUUUUAUUCAUGUUUCUAUUAAUAAUAUGCAAAAGCAUUGAUUACAUAGAGAAAAAAGUUCUUCGUGUUGUUCACAUCCGUCUUAAUUUGAUAUUUUCAGUGAAAUUUGAAUUUUCAGACUGAGUGUGUUGUGUAAAUUACAUAAUUAUGGUUUAUUAAAAAAAAUCUGUAUUUU